AUGAAUACAUAAAAAAAGUUUUGUUAAAUUUCAGAACAAGAUGAUAAUUUAAAUUAGAAAUAUGGAGAAAGAGGAAUCGCUUCUAUUUAAAAUUAAUAGAAAAUGAAUAGUAAAGAUUCAAUAAUAAAUAAGAGCCUAGAAUAUAAAGUGGUAGUCAUUCUCUUUAUACUUUCAAUGAGAAUUCUCUAUAAAUAAACUCUCUAAAACCAUAAACAUCUAGUAGAAGACUUUAUAAGAAAUCUUAAAUAUUGUAAACGACAUUUCCUUCAAUAAGUACAAAUGAACAAUAAAAGUAAUAAAUGCAAUUUAUUUUAAGUACUGAUUCAAAAUAAUCAUAAAAUCAACAAUAAGAAAGUAAGAAAUUAUUAUAUUUAGUUUCAGCAAGAGAAAUCAAUUCUAAUCAUCAUUGUCACUUUGAAAUUUAAGCUAAACAACUUAGUAAAGAAUUAGUAAAUUUAAUUAUUGUAACACUUUUAGAAAACUAGUGAAUAAUAAGCUAUUUAGAUUAAGCACGAAUUAGAUGAUUUAAAGAGAAUGGUUAAAAAUUAUAAUAAAGAAGAAGCUAUAGUAAAAUUAUUACAAUUGUAAUAAUAAAAAAAUGAUUUAAAAGAAAAAUUAAAAUUGAUGGAAGAGGAAAAAUAAAUGUUAGAAUAAUAGAUAGAUUAUUAGUAAUCUAAGAAUGAAGAAACUUAACAGAAAUUAUAAAAAAUGUAAGCUAUUGUAAAUGAUCUUUAAAAUUAAUUACAAAAAUUAGAAAUAUCUAAUAAAUAAUUAGUAUAACUUAAUAUCGGAUUAAGAGAGCAAUAUUUAGAAGUUUAGGAUUUGUAAAGAAAAUGCAAUAUUAAUGAUGAAAGAUAUUAAAUCAGCAUUCAUAAAUUGGAGGAAAUAUUAAAAGAAAAAGAAACAGAUAUCUAAUAAUUAUAAAAGAAAUUAUAAAGAUUUGAUAGCGAAAAUGGUAUAUUAUUAUAAGAGAUGAAGCUUAAAAAUGAAAAAUUAGAAGAAGAAAAACAAAGAUCAAAAUAAUUAAAUGCUGAUUUGUUAGUGAUGAGAGUAAAUAAAGUUUAGAAAUUAUAAGAUGAAAUUGCAAAGUAAAAGGACCUCAUUCAAUAAAAAGUAGAAGUCAUUUAAUAAAAAGUAGAAGAAAUUGAAGAAUAAGAAAAAAUAAAUAAAUUAUUGAAUGUAAAUAAAUAUAUUAUAAAAGGAUAAAAUUAAUUUAUAGGAAAAAUAAAUUGUUUAAUAUAAAAGAGAUGAUAAUUAAAUGAUAAUGCUAUAACAAUAUGUUGAUUUAUUAAUUUAAUAAAAAGAAGAUGAAGUAGGAUAGGGAAUAUCUAAAGUUUAAGAGUUAUAAGAUUUAAAUGAAAGAUAAAUAUAAACUAUAUAAUCUAAUUCUAUUGAAAUAAUUAGAUUGAAAAAGGAAGUGUCAUAGAAAGAUUAAAAUUUAAAAAAUGCAGAAAAAUAAAUUGAAGAAAGCUCUAAAGAACAUAUAUAAUUGAUAUUGAGAAUUGAUGAAUAAAAUAAUGAGAUUUCUGAUUAUAAAUAAUAGGUAUUCUAAUUGAAAAAUGAAUUUGAAGUUUUUAAAUUAGACAAAUAAGAUUAAGAUAGAUAAUUGGAGAGAUUAUAGGAACAGAUUCUAGAUUCUAAUAAAUAUUUAGAUUAAUAUAAAUAAUAAUUAGAUGAUGAGAUUAAGAAAAAACAUUCAUUGUAAUCUGAAAUUAAUAAAUAAAAAUAAGAGCUUGAAGAUUUAAUGAUUUAAGAUAAAAAGGAAAUAUAAUAAUUAUAGGAAAUAAAUGAAAGUAAAGAUAAGGAAAUUAUGAUAUUGCAAGAACAAUUGUAAGAAUAUUAAGAUUAAGAUAAUGAUAUAUCAGAUAAAUUAAAAAAGUUGAACAAUUAAAAUGAUAAAAAUUCUAAGUUAAUUUAGUAAUUGUAAAAAGAAAAAAAAUAAUUGGAAUUGUUUAAUCAAGAAUUAUAAAAAUAGUUAUCUUAAGAUUAAUAGAAAAAGAUUGAUAUUUAAAAAGAAAAAUAAUAAUUACUUUAAAAAAAAGAAGAAAUCAAAAAUGAUAAAACUGAUGUCUAAUAAUUAAAUAAAGAAAUUGAAAAAUUAAAAGCAGAUUUACAAUCAAUAUAAAAUUAUAACGGAUUGAAAGAUAAUGUUAAUUAAAUUAAUUUAGAUAAUUAAAAUAAUGAAUUGUAACUUUUAUUAAACAAAACAGCUGAAGAACUUAAAGAAUGUAAAAAUAAAUAUGCUAAAUUAGAAAGCGAUAAGAAUAAUAGUGAUUUAUAAUAAUAAUUAUUAUUAAAAGAUAGGUUAGAAUAGCAAUAAGAAUUCUAUUUAAUAUUAAUUAACCAAAAAGAAGAAACAAUUACUUAACUAAAUAAUUAAUUAUUAUAAGCUCAAUCAGAAUUAAAUAAAAUAAGUUAGCUUAAAGAUAUUAAAAUCAUUCCACAAUAAGACUAAAUUCCUCAACAAAAGAAUAAUACAUUUCAUCAAAUCUUUGUUGAAGAUAAGGCAUUUUAUAAGGAAUCUACAAACGAGGAAAUCUAAUUUAUGUUCUCAUAAAUUAAUUUUGAUAAAUUUAAAGGAUAUUUAACAAUAUGCUUUUGGGUCAAAAUUGAUAGAAUUAAUUCAACAGAUAUACUACCUAUUCUUAAAAUUAGUACAGAUAAUAAAACUCUUCUAGAAAUGGGUAUUUAUUUAGAUAGCAAAUAAGUGUAUUGUACUUUUAUUCCUAAUAAUCAUCCUUAAAAUACUCAAUAAUAAAAUCCAAUAACAGUUACAUCUUAAUUACCAAUUAAAUUUGGAGAAUUUUAAUUAUUAGCUUUAAUUUUAAAUGAAUCUGGUAAAUAUAUGGAUAUGUGUUUAUGUUUAAAUGGUAUUAGAGAUGAUUAAGUUUCUAUUUCCAAUUCUGUAAUUUUCCCAGAAGCUUAACUAUAAUUUGAAAAAUACACAACAAAUCAUCUAGUUAUAAAGGACUGUUUGGUAAUAAUAGAAAAUUUCUAAAGAAUAAACAUAUUUAAAGAAUUGUAUAAAAUAUUCUAUUAUAAAUAUAAUGGAAUUAAAAAAAUAAGUAAAAGAAAUGAAUAGAAGAAAGAAAAUAUCUCUUAUUUGUCUGCAGGAGAUCUAAUAUUCUGUUUAUAAUAGUAGAAUGAAUAAUAAUUUUAUCCAUAAUCAGGAAGUAAAUCCUCUCCUCUAUAAAAUUAAGCAGUAAUUAUUAAUAAUCGAAAUAUUCCAGGUUUAUUAGUUAAUAAAUAUGAUUUAUCCAUUACUAAGAUGAAAACUGAAGAAAAAAAACAAGAAUAUAUUUAAGAGCAACCUUAAUGGAGUCGAAAGUAUUCUAUUAAUAAACUGAAGAAAUUCUUAUAAACUAAAUCUAAUUAUAAACAACUUUUGAGUCCGUUUAUUGAAUAUUUUGAUUUUAUUAGUUUGGGAUUAUAAUUCUUAUAAAGAAUUGAUGAAUUACCUCCUACUAAAUUUCAUAAAAUAAUCAAACCCAAGAUAUUAUUAUCACCCUAUUUUAUGAUGCCAUACAACUAAUUUCUGAAAUACAUUUAAAAUGCUGGGUUACUACUUAUAACUAUUGAAUAGUUGCAUGAAUUAUGUGAAAUAAUGGAAGUCAUAUAUACAAAUUAAAACGAGAAAUACAUUCAUUAUGAUCACUUUCUUAUUGUUUUAAGAGAAUGUAUCAUGUCAAAAGAAAAUUUAAGGAAUAUUAAAAAAUAAGAAAAAGGUGAAAAUAAAUAUAUUUAUAAGGAAAUAAUCAUAAAAUCAACAGAUAAAUAAGAGUAAGAAGUUAAAUUAUCUAAUGCUUAGGAAGUGACAGAAGUUUCAAUCAGCAAAGUUGAAUAGUAAAUUUAAUUAUAAGUCAAAUUCAAAAAUGAAUCUAUAUUAAGUUAUUCUCUUGAUCAAUUCCCUGAAGCAUUUACUGGUAAAUUGAAUCUAAUUAAAUAAAAAAAAUUGUCUUUUAUGUUUACUAAUAAUUCUCAAAUUAAUUUAAUCAAAACAGAAACAAAUUCUUUAUUUUUAGGAUAAUAUAAUGAAAUAACAUUAAUUCAUGAAGUAGAAUUACAAGAAAAUGAAAAAAUAGUUAAAUUCAAUAUCAUUGAUUAACAAAUAAUAUUAGUUAUCUAAAUUUCUCAAAAAUAAAUUGAAGUAGUUCCUGUAUAUAUAUAUGAUAUUUUUUAUAUUAGGAAUUAGACAUUUAUCUAGAUACUGAAUUGGAAACUUUGAGUUUACCUUAGAUACCAGAUAAUUGGAACUUAGGCAAAUUCUAUAUCAAUAUUUCUAGAUGCUAAAAUUGUGAUAAACACUAAUUGACUACAAGACAUCAAGAGAAAGAUUUUAUUUAAAAGACAGAAUAUGUAACGAAUAUGCUUAAAGAAGUAUUUCCUAAUAUAGAAAUAAUUGAAAAUGAAGAAUAAAUUGACAAAUUAGAAAAUUUUGAGGUUUAUCUAAAAAAUGCUAAUAGUCCUGAUAAGAUUAUACUUUUUUAAAAAUAGGAGAAUAUGAAUAAAUUUAAAGAUCAAUUUGAUAACAAAUUGUUUAAUUUAUUUGAAAAUCUAUUUAAUAUCAUUAAUAUUUAUGGUACUACUGAAAAGUUAGGACUAGUAUAAGAAAAAUUUAAAUGA